AUGAUAACCUCGAUGCAAAAUACGGUUCCUUUGAAGACACCACCGGAUACUGUCAAAAAAGAUGACUUGAAUAUAGAUCCACUAGAGGCAACCACCCUAGAUAACUUUAUAAUGUCAGCGUCUUCUUUAUUAUCAUCACUAGAUAAUAAUACCCACCAACUCUUACCUUCAACGAACCAAAAUUCUGCUAUCAUACCAGUCGAGUCUCAAUUGUUUCUACAAUCUCCCAUCCAACAACAACAACAACAACAACAAAAUGGAACAGGCACAGCACCAGGAACAGGUGCGAUAGAAACAAGACAAGAACAAAAUAAUAACGAUGUAACACCAUUAAGGAUAAAAUCAAUCACAACAGCAAUGACAUACCAUGAUUCAGAGGCAUCUCCUUAUAAUACAACCACCUCAAUCACAAAUCAAUUUCAAAAACCAAAGGCAAUUUCUACUUCAAAAUCAACAUCUACAUCUACAAAAGGUAAACUUACAAAUGAAUUAAGAUCUCAAAUUGAUGAAACCUUCUCGUUUGGUAAAAUUGAAUCAUUUGAUACUCAAUUACAAAACUUAACUGAAUUCAUUAAAAUUGAUUCAAAUCAAUUACCAUUUCAAUUACAAGUUGGAAAUCUACCUAAAGUUUCAAGAGUGGAAAAUCAAAUGAAUAUUAAUUUGAAAUUAUCCCCCACUAUAUCCACUUCUUCUUCUUCUUCUUCUCCUUUCUUGAAGGAAAAUUUACUUUAUUUACCAACAAAUACUAUAGCAAAGGAAAAAUUUUAUUUACAAAAACCGUUAAAUCAAUAUCCACAAGAUAUCAUUGAAAAAUUAUUACAUUUAGAAGCAUUUGUAGUUUCCAUUGAAAAUAAUACUAACACAUUCAAACAAAUUUAUGUUUGUGAUAGAUGUGUUAAAAGAGAACAAAGGAGAGCUUCUCGUAGAAAAUCUGGACUUUGUGAUAAUUUAUUAUGGUGUCAAGAUUCCAACAAAAGUGUACUAAUAUUCAAUAAUAAACAAAUUAUACCACUUAUAGAAGAAGAAAAUAAUGAUUCGAACGAUUCCACAAAACAAUUCGAAUUAUCCUCAAGAAUAGUUUGUUAUUGUAGACAUCAUAAAUCUCCAUUUGGUUUUAAAAUUUUAUUUCUAAUUAAAAAUUUUAAAAAUGAAAUAAUUGCAAAAGCAUUGACUGAUUCAAUUAUGAUCAUAGAUAAAAAAUCAAAUUCCUCGGAAGAAUUAUGGUUAAAUGGAAAUAAUGAAUUAAGUGUACCAUCUGAUUCUGAUAUCAUUUCCAAUUUUGCCCAUCCAUCAUCAUAUUCUACUAUUAACCCAUUAAAUUUGAAUCAUAACAAAACUUCUUCAUUCGGUAAUAAUAACUCUGAUACUAAUAAUUUAUCUAUGAAUACUUAUCUCGAUAAUCAUCCCUAUCAACCUACAACUACUAAUUCAUCAUCAUCAUCAUCAUCACAAAUCCUAAAUAUAAAUAUGGCUACUAACAAUAAUAAAAUUUAUACUAACAACAAUAAUAAUACAAUGUUAUUUCCAUCACCAAAUUCUGUCAGCGAAGCAAGCUCCGAAGUGAAUAGUAGUACGUAUCAUAAUAGUCAGCCGCCUCCUCCUCCUCAUCAAUAUCACCAAUACCCUCAUCAUCACCAUCACCAUCACCAGAGGAAAUUUAGUACUCAAUCUUCAAUCAGUUCAAUAAAUGAAACUGCUCCAGCAUUUUCAUUCUCUUCCUCUUCUAUUUCAAUGAAUAAUAAUAUUGACAGAAAUAUGAAUAUUAACAACAAUAAUAACAACAAUGUUACUAACUUUGUCACUAACAAAAGAGUAAGGCAUAAUAUAGAUGAUGAUCAAUUCCCACAACAGUACCAACAGCAGCAGCAACAACAAAUGCAAAUGCAAAUGCAAAUGCAAGUUCAACAGGCACAUCAGCAAAAUCCUUUAACAACUUUAUAUCCCAAGACACCAUCAUUCGCUCAUUUGAGUGCUGAAUUUAUUCAUCCAUCAUUUGUAAAUCAACCAAUAGUACAAAGAAUUAUACCAUCACAAGGUUCUAUAAAUGGUGGUAUAGAAAUAACAAUAUUAGGCUCUAAAUUUAAACAAGGUCAAAUCAUUAAAUUCGGUGAAAAUAUAGCUCUUUCUUCACAAUGUUGGAAUGAAACAACAAUGGUCACUUAUCUUCCACCUUCUUCAGUAGCUGGCCAAGUUUAUGUCACUGUUUUAAAUAGUAAUAAUAAUAAUAAUAAUAAUAAUAAUGGUAAUACUACAAACGAAAAUCAUUUAGAAAUACCACAAAAUUAUAAAGGUGUAUUUACAUACAUUGAUGAUACUGAUAAACAAUUAAUUGAACUAGCGUUGCAGAUUGUUGGAUUGAAAAUGACAGGGAAAUUAGAAGAUGCUAAAAAUAUUGCAAAAAGAAUUAUAGGUCAAGAAAAUUCAAAAUUCAUAACUCCUCAAUCCCAACCAUCUUCUUCAUCAACAUCGUCAUCUUCUUGUUCUUCUUCAUGGUGCUUCUCAGAUUCCAUAUAUCAAAAUAAAGAAUCAUAUGAAGGAAUAUUAUGUUCCAUAAUUAAAAAAUCAGAUUCAAGUUAUAAUCUAUCCAUACGUGAUAAUGUAGGUAGAACUUUAUUACAUUUAGCAUCCCAUAAAGGGUAUUUCCAUUUAUGUUCUAAUUUGAUUUACAAAGGUGCUCGUAUAGACUCAAGAGAUUCUUUCGGUUUCACACCUUUACAUUAUGCAUGCAUAUCGGGGAAUAUUAAAAUCAUUGAAUUAUUAAUGAAAUGUAACGUUGCAGAUAUUAAUUCGAAAAUUUGUAACGGAUUAACUGCAAGAGAUUUAUUCAUGAAAAAUCAUAUCCAUACUACAGAACCAUCAAAUAUUUUAUCAUUAGAUGAUAUUGAAUAUAUAUUGGAUCUAUUUGAAAAAUAUGAAGAUGGAAACGUAAUAUCUCAAAGGAAUGAUUCUAAUUCAAGCUUCCAAUCAAGUUUAGGUUUAAUCGAUUAUCCAAAUAAUGAUAUCAUAACAUACCAAAAUAGUCAAUCAUUGCAAAGGACAUCAAAUCUUUCAAGCAGUAAUGAAAAGGAACAUGGAUACGAACAAGACAACGAUUCCUUGUCAUUACUAGAUCAUGACGAUGAUAACAUAUCCGUCAUUGACCUAAUAGCUGCAAAUAAUACAGUGAAUAAUAAUAAUAAUAAUAAUAAUAAUAAUAAUACUCUUUGGAAUAGAAUGAUUCAUCGUUUUAAUGAUCGAGAAUUACCUAAAUAUGAAGAUUUGUUCCCAAAUGGUAAUUUAUUCUGGGAUUCCACCAACAAACAAUCCAAAACUUCAAAUGAAAACGUGCCUACACUUCCAAUCAACAAUUCUAUAAUUAUUUCCAACAAUACUUUAACAUCUUGUCAAUCAUUAACUGAUGACAUAGAUUCACCAUCAAAUGACGAAGCUGAUGACAUUGAAUUAUUCACGAAAAGCAUUAAUAAUUUCUUUGAACAUAAAAGAAGAAGUCUUAAAAAUGAUAAAAUGUUAUUAUUUUUUUGGAUUCCAUUAAUGGCUGUUCUAUUAAGUUGGUUAUUCCUAUAUAGUAUCAGUAGCAAUGAUACAAUAAUCCCAAGAAUUAGUACCAUGAUUCCAAAAUAUUUAAGGAAUUCUUUAGCAAAAAUUGUUUUAGGUAAUCAAAGAAUGCAAUCUGCUUUAAAGGAACAAAUUUCUAAUUUUCAAACUACAACAAGAGUAUUCCAAAAUGGAAUUGGUGCGUAA